AUGUCUGAGCAAACCGUCAGAGCUGGACCGGAGACCAUGCUUGAUUCACUGGAGUGGCGCAGAUUAAGCAAGUUUGCAAGUGAUUUCGUCCCUGGCAUGCAUGGAACACACCAGAAUUUUCUAGUGCAGCCCUUUGGUGCAGUAGCGUCUGAUUCUGAGUGCAAAAUUGUCCGAGCAGAGCUGGUAGAGGUGUCGAAUGGCAUCAAGCAUACAGGGCGCAAGGUGGUUCUGCGACUACGACAUGAGGACUGGUUCAUGUUGGAGGCCCCUGGUCCCCUUCGUGUCAUUCAGGCCGGAUGUCAUCAGCUUCACCAGGAGUUUGUCUUGGAUUGUACGCAUCCCAGGACUUUGGUUGCCAGCUACCAACCAUUGGUGCAAGAAUCCACUGUUCAGGUUGCUGAGGUCUUUAGUGGUGGUUUUGGUGGUUGGGCUCAGGGUGCAUACGUGUUGCACAGAGCAGGCCUUCCUAUUUCCACGCGUUGGACUCUUGAUCUCCAGGAGACGAGUAUUCCCAUGCAGCAAGCUCAGGUCCCGCAUCUAGCAUGUGUCGAGAAACUUGAGGAUUUGAGGGAGUUCCCGCCCCAUGCAGAUGAGCAGCUUCACAUAAGUGCCAAUGUUGAGCAUGACUGGUGGUUGCAUUGUCUUGCUCACAGACCGAUCAAUGUGAUGGUGGCGUCACCUCCCCUGCAGCCUUGGAACAAUCAUGAAAAGGCCCCGGGCCUCAUUUCCGCAGAUGGACGACUCAUGUUACGCAUAGUAGAUGUUGCCGGGGCCUUCGGCAUUCCAGUGGUUGGGAUUGAGACUUGUGCGGGGAUUUUCCAGCAUGCACAUUACCCGCAAAUCCUGGAGGCAUGGUCUGCAGCAGGUUACAGUUUGCAUCUUCAGCUGCAGCUUAAUCUGCUGGACGUGUUGCCUUGUUCCAGGCCCCGGGCCAUGUUGGUUUUCGUUAAGCAAGACCUGAAUUUCCCAGAUCCCGAACUUGGGGAUGCGUGGAAUGCAGCAAAACGGUCAAGCUUGAGCAGUGCCUUGGCCAUCUUUGAUCAUCCGCCGGAGAUACAAAGUUCCCUAAGCCUGGCCCCAGAAGUGCUCAACAUGUAUAUGGACCCGUGGUAUCUGCCUCCAGCACGAGGCGGGCGCCCCACACCGUGUUCAGCGCAGAGCUUCAGGCUCCGAGGCCCGCAUCAGUCGGCAGGCUGCUUUACAUCGCAAUACCAGUUUCAGCAUCACAUUGAUGAAGACAUGCUUGCAUCCCAAGGGCUGCUGGGGUUCCUCUUUUGCGAUGGUGAUGUCCCUAGGUUCUUUAGUGGGGCUGAGAUCUGCUCGCUGCACGGCGCUGUGAGACCCAUGCUUCUCCUGCGAGACCAAGCUGAGCAAAUGAACCAGCUUGGUGUGUCCACUGCAAUGCCACAAGCCGUGGCAGUGUUGGUGCAUGUAUGUAAAGCACUGGGCCUAGAACAUGUCCCCUCCCCGGCCGAGGCUGUAUGUAAGGUGCUUGAAGACCGUCUUCACAGUCGUAACACAUUGUUCCUGCCUCUGAGAGGGCAUUGGGUUCUGUGCCGCAAGGACCAAGUGUGCCAAGUUCUUGAAACCGGCCUCAGCUUAAGUGACCCACUGCAGUGUCACACCACGCCUGAGGAGUUCGUGCCGAUCGCUUUUCAAAGCCAGGGCCGUGUGGUUGUCCUUCAGGUUCCUCGCGGGAUUGCCUCGGAGGCCGUGUUUUUGCAGGUCGGCUUGAAGGUCGAUGCAUCACUAGGCUGCCCACAGACACCGUUUUUCUGGGAGCCAAUCACAUUGUCUACUGCUGAGUUGCCACAUCUGCAUUGCGGAGGUCUAGCCUCCCAUUGUGCCUCGUCUCAGCUUUGCACAGUUCUGACUGCGGGACAAACCUUUCUGAUCGAGCCAGCCUCACCCCGGUUGUGGCCCCAAUUGCUGUGUGUCUUCGACAGUCUCUCCUCUGACCAGGAGGACCUUUUGUGCUACAGCCUUUGUGGCCAGCGCCUGUGGUAUGCCGAGGAUUUCGUUGGCUGCAUCGUCGCAGCAACUUUGGCCCAGGAAGCACCGGAGCUCAAGUUGAGCCUUAUCUCUGAGGAUUUUGUGGCCACCAAGGUGCAUAUGGAAGGCUCCUCUUGUGUCAUUACGUGCCCAGCCAGCAAUGCCAUGAACUUUUGGCUCGGCUUUCCUUUCCACUUGUCUGAAGCCAUCGGUUGGUCGGCGGAGACAGUCAAUUUCCCUUGUCAGCAUGACCAGCCCAUGCAGCUGCUUGUCGAUGUGAGACCACUUCAGAGCCUGGACACCUCGUUGAAGUCCAGAUCGUUGAUCGGCUCACUGACUGGUGGUCUGAGGUUGGUGAAGCUCUUCAGCUGCCUGCCCGUGUUGUGCGACGCCGCAGGAGUUGACCUCAACAGAACCACCUCCUUCGUCGAUGCAGUUUCCGACAGCACCAGUUCCCAAAAGCUGUUCAAUGCCCUGCAAACGGGUAAGGAUGAGCAGAAAUGGCAGGUUGUUGUCGACUUCGCCAAGGAAGCGGGCAUCCCGGUCCCGGCUGGCAUCAAUCUUGUUGCGCGAGCUGAGCAGCGAGUGCGCAAGACUACGCAGCGCAAGAAACAGGAAAGCCGCACGCAGGUACGAGCCGGAGACGUUUGCAUCGCAGACAACUUUUUCCAGAAUGAGGACGGUACGACCACUGCCAUGUUGACUGGUCUCCGGCCAGGUGCCACUGGAGUGCUGCUAGCUGAUGCUGAUGCUGCGGCGGAACUCAUGCAAACCAUGAAAGGGGUGCAACCAGAUGAGCUUGGACUGUUGGUGCUGGGGCAUGCUUGCCCGUGCUGUGCUAUCGAGGAAGGCAGUCGUCUUUCUUUCCCGGCGGUGGGUCGCCACUGCGGAUCCAAACUGCUCCUCGCGGGCUGCCUUCAUAAUCUUGGUGGCAAGGCUGUGCAGGUGUCCAAACGCCACAAUGUUGAUGUGCCCCUCCCGGACGUCCUGGUCUGUACUUUCUCUCUCUUCGCCGAUGAGUGGGAGGCCGACUCGUGGGCUGCCGCUGUGCAAGCUCCAGUGAAGACGGUUGUGCAAGCUUUUGCCCGGGUAGGUCUGGAUAAGAUUCUGAGUGAGCCCUGGAACCGACAGUUUCGAUUGAAGGGUAAGGCCUCCUCGCCCAGCCUGGCGGAUCACAUCUCCUUUAAAGCCCGGGUCGACUUCAAGUCUUGCGAUACUCUGCUUGCCAGCAGUGGACACAAUCAUGUUUACAUCGUGCCACGUCGUCAGGACCAGUCCCUUCAGAGUGGCUAUGCCAUCGUGUGGCUGGGUCCCACCAGAGCUGAGGCAAUUAAAGCUUCGCUACAGGUGCCUGGCCAGUUGGGUCUGGUGCAAGCCCGUGAUAGGUACGGCUUACGCGUGCCAGAGUCAAGACAUGAGGCUAUCUUCAAGCAGCUUCGGCCAGGACAGGCUGCACCUUCUAAGCUUGAUGUCAAACACCUCUGGCGCAUGGGCCCAGCGCCAGCCAAUGCGGAUGCUGCAGCCAUACAGGCCUGGGCCAAUGGCAGCAAAUGGACAGUGAAGGUGCUCAAAGCGCUAGGGCCUCAGCACUGGCUUCUGGGUUCACAGGUGGAACCGCCGCAGGCUUACCCUAGCUUCAACGGUCAGACAGUGAUGGUGACCAAGGUGCCGCAACGUGCCGCCCCUACGCCCAUUGUGCAAUCUGGUCAUCUGCAGGGUCGCCAAAUGUCGGCCGACACUCACCUCUCGGCCCCGCGAUCGUCCACGGAGGAAGACCCGUGGCUUACCAAUGACCCGUGGGCCAAGGCUGCCUUUGCCUCUACCCGUACCUCCUUUGCAUCUCUCUCCGCUGCCAGUACGCCAUCCCGUCAGGUUACAGGUCCUACCGAGCAGCGAUUUCAGGCACAGGAGGCCCGACUGCAAGCGCUUGAGGAGAAUCUCCAGACCUUGAAAGAACAACACGAGCAGGGCCACGCCCAGCUGCUGCAACAACAAGCUGUGGAUCGUCAAACAGCCCAGGCUGCCAAUACUGCCCUCCAUGAGCAGCUAGCCACGGUGGGCAGUGAGCUCACCAAACAACUCCGGAGCUCUGUUGAAUCUCUGCAAAGUGCUCAAGGCCAGCAGCAGCAACAAAUGCAGUCGAGCCUCGAAGAACUUAAAGCGUUGGUCCUUGCGAGUCGGGACAAUCGUGACCCGAGCAAACGUGCCAAAAAGCAGAACGAGGAUGAGCUUUGA